GCCGAUAGUGGGUUGAUGACGCCUCCAUCCGGGAAUGUCAUACGCAGAGGUUCUCCGUCAUGGCGGCGUCAGCUAAGAAGAAAAAUAAGAAGGGUAAGACCCUAACCCUGACCGACUUCCUGGCAGAGGACAGUGGGGGAAACCCUCCUCCCAGCUACCCUCCCACGAAGCCCACUAGCUGGGCAGAUGAGACAGAUGACCUAGAGGGAGAUGUGUCCACCUCUUGGCACACAGAGGAUGACGUGUACCGGGCACCGCCCAUCGACCGCUCCAUCCUGCCCACAGCACCGCGGGCUGCCCGGGAGCCCAACAUCGACCGCUCACGUCUGCCUCGAAGCCCCCCCUACACUGCCUUUCUGGGCAACCUGCCCUAUGACGUCACUGAGGACUCCAUCAAGGACUUCUUCCGUGGCCUCAGCAUCAGUGCGGUGCGUCUCCCCAGAGAGCCCAGCAACCCAGAGCGGCUGAAGGGCUUCGGCUAUGCAGAGUUUGAUGAUGUGGACUCUCUACUGCGCGCCCUCAGCUUGAACGAGGAGAACUUGGGCAAUCGGAGAAUCAGAGUGGACAUUGCAGACCAGUCCAAUGAGAAAGAGCGAGACGAUCGCUCCAUGUCUGGACGUGAUCGCAACAGGGGUGGGGAUGGAGGUCCAGACAAGACCGACUCCGACUGGCGAGCCAGGCCCAGCUCCGACACAGACAACGGGCCGUGGAGGGAUGAUGGGGGCGGGGGCGGGGGCGGGGGAGGAGAGCGGUCCCGCGAUACAGGCUCCCGAUUCGAGUCAGAACGAUUCCGAGACGGGCCGCGACGAGACGCUGAUCGCUAUGACGGCGGAAGAGAGCGAUACAGGGAUCGCUACGAUGACCGUGACCGCAGAGACUACGAUAAAGGCUAUGACUCGCGCAGUGGUGGUCGCAGACCAUUUGGCAGCGGUUUCCGACGUGAUUAUGACGACAGGCGGGAUGAAUAUAGGAGUGGUGGUGAUCGCUAUGGUGAUCGCUAUGGAGACCGCGAUCGUUAUGGUGACCGGGAGGACAGAUUUGAGAGACGGGAGGAGAGGCGUGAGGAUCGAGGUCCUCUCCAAAGACCCAAGCUCAACCUGAAGCCCCGCAGCGUGCCAAAAGAGAGCGAACCAAGCGACAGCUCCUCCGCCCCGUCGGGCCGGGCCGCCUCCAUCUUCGGAGGGGCCAAGCCUGUGGACACUGCGGCCAAGGAGCGUGAGGUGGAGGAGCGGCUGAAGAAGGAGCAGGAGAGGCUGCAGAGGCAACUGGACGAGGAGAAGGUCAAAGGGCCUGAGCGCAGACCCAGAGAGAGGCAUCCCAGCUGGCGCAGUGAGGACCAACUCGAGCGCUCCAGGACAGGAAGUGAGUCUUCACAAUCAGGCAGCAUGACAGGCCGAGGUUCUCGGCGCAGAGAAAGCGAGCGCUCGGUGGAAAACGAGGUGUUUAGCGGGCGUGAUGAGGAGCCUCCCUCACCUAGCAACCAAGCCCCGUCCCCCAAACAGGAAGCGCUGCCACUCAAGGUGGUGCCUGCCCCGCCCCCCAAGGAGAAUGCCUGGGCCAAGCGGAGUGCUCUGAGCAGCAGCGACGGAGACAGCCGGCCCUCCGCAUCCCCCAGCAACGCCAAUCCCCCCAAACCCAGCAGCUCUCCAAGCUCAGCUGAUGAGAAAGAUCCCCAAAGAGGCAAAGAUGAGAACCAGGCCGACGGCGUGCGCCGGGAGCGAGGACCCAAGCGAGGGCGGGCAGGGGCCUCGGGCCCCACAGCGGGCAGGGGCCGCAGAGAGGCAGCCAGCCGAGACCGGCGGAAGGAAGCGGACAGAAAGGACGGCAGAAGAGAGCGUGACCUCAGACCCGCACCAGAGCCAAAGAGAUAUGAGGAACCUCCUUGCCCUAAAUUCAGCUCAGCCAGUAAAUAUGCCGCCUUGCUAAUGGAUGGUGAUCAAGGAGAUGACGCAGAUGGAAGUGUGGAUUGAGAAGAGGAGGAAUCAGGUGCCGUUAGAACCAAUCAAAUCUCCAGAUACUUUGAAGCAACAGCACUGAAGGCUACCCAACUCUUGUCCUACAUCUGAAGUGAAAAACAAAACCAUACCCCACAACCCAACUCCUCUCUUAUGGACUGUACCUAAACCUAGUGAAAUACUGGACUUGUUUUAAAAUAGGGGAAAUGAAAUGUUGAAUAAAUGACUAUAACAAAUAAGUGGGGAUUAAAAAAAGAAUCAUGGUCUUACUGCUGGGACAUAUACAAUCAUACACCAUUGCACUUUGGGUGGGAACCUUCUAUUUCAGCCACGGCUCAGGCAGACAUUAGUUUCCAUUAGGUUUUGAAUGCUACCUCCAUUUAAGAAUGAUAUACCCGUAGGUGUUAUUGUACUUUCCGGACUGCAGAUGGCAACAUUCUGGAUGCACAAUACAUAUCCACUCCUAUCUGUCUGUUAAGUUUAGGUGAAGGUGUUGCAGUGUAGAGCAAAUUGAGACAUUCACCCACUGCAACUGGACUGGUAGGCCAUGUGUGUGGAGCAGGUAAGUUACUUCAACCGUGGAACGAGUUUCAUUAUGUAAACGAUAUAUGGUUGGCAGGUAUACCUCAUCCAUAUGCACUGCAGGAUUCCACCCAGUGUUAGCCAGGGUGAACCCAGGUGAACCGGUUAGCAAAUUUGAAUUUGCUCUGCAGGUUCAUCUGGAAAGGUUCCCAUUGACAUCUGUUUCCAAAUCACCUAAAACCCAGGAAGGUGUAAGUUCUUUGGAAUUGUAUAAACAACUGCUUGGUUUAAAGGAAAGGUGUAUUUGCUGCACCUCUGAAAUGAUUUGGUAAGCUUUAAUGCACUGAAUUUAAGUAACCAUUGAUGAUUACGCCCCUAUAAGUCGUAAAAUGGGAAGUUUGGAAAUGAGUGUCAAUGUGAUCUUUUCCAGAUGGACCUGCAGAGCAAAUUCAAAUUUGUUGACAGGUUUGUCUGGAUUCACCCAGGCCAACCCUGAGGUGAUGACCCAUAAUCAUUUAUAAAGGUGUAUGUACUCCAGGCAAAUGUAAUUCCUAAAUGUCUCCGUGAAAAAUAACCUUUGGACAGAAGUGAUAUGUUUAUUCAUCUGCAACUAGUUUGACAUAGCAGCCUAGCUCUGCUUACGAAUGCCUUACUCUUGUACAGGUAGCAAUAGAGAACAAAGGAGGGGAGAAUAAACUCAAGACAGUUUUUGAGGAAGCUGACUUUUGCCAUCUUGAUCUUCAUGUUUGUUUCAAGUUAAUUGUUGGAGGCAGUCUGUAAAACGCCGCAGAACUUAAACUUGCUAAAAGGUUCAGAAUUACUAUUUGUAGGACUGUGAUGUUUAAGGACUGACGUUGAAGUGGAGGUAUAUUAGCAUUACUGUCUUGUUUAUUUCGGCCUGCACACUGUCAUAGUACUGUUUAAACAUUAAAACAAAUCAGAUGUCA